CCUCCGCCGGCAGUUGGGAGGGCCCUUCCGGCGCCGGGAAAAGCGCGAGUGGGGUUGUCUCAAUUCUGCGACUACAACCUGGUUUCCUCUGCUCUGGUCACCGUUCGGACGAAAUGUCUUCUCUAAAAGGUCCAAAUGCAGAAAUAGUAUCUCAACUUCAUGAUUCAGCUGCAGAAGGAGAUAUUGCCAGGCUAACAGUAAUCCUCACUCAUUCUCCAUCUCUUCUCAAUGUAACUUCUAAAAAUGGCUGGACUGCUUUAAUGUUCGCUGCAAGGAACGGACAUCCAGAUGUUGUCCAAUUUCUACUUGAGAAAGGGUGCGACAGAUCCAUUGUCAAUAAAUCAAAGCAGACUGCACUAGAUAUUGCUAAAUUUUGGGGUUAUAAGCAUAUAGCUAACUUACUAGCUAAUGCUAAAGGUGGGAAGAAACCUUGGUUUCUAACCAGUGACGUGGAAGAAUGUGAAAAUUAUUUUAGCAGGACACUACUAGACCGGAAAAGUGAAAAAAGAACUAAUUCAGACUGGCUACAAGCUAAAGAAAGCCAUCCAACCACAGUUUAUAUUCUUUUCUCAGAGUUAAAUCCCUUGGUUACUCUAGGUGGCAAUAAAGAAAGUUCCCAACAGCCUGAAGUCAAACUUUGUCAACUGAACUACACAGACAUAAAAGAUUAUUUGGCUCACCCUGAAAAGAUCACCUUGAUAUUCCUUGGAGUAGAACUUGAAAUAAGAAAAGAGUUAUUUAAUCAUGCUGGGGAAGUCCAAAGAGAUGAAGAAGAUGGGUUGGUUGCCUGGUUUGCUCUAGGUAUAGAUUCUGUUGCUGCCGAUGAAUUUAAGCAAAGACAUGAAAAUUGUUAUUUUCUUCAUCCUCCAAUGCCAGCUCUUCUGCAGUUGAAAGAAAAAGAAGCAGGGGUUGUGGCUCAAGCAAGAUCUGUUCUUGCCUGGCACAGCCAAUACAAGUACUGUCCAACCUGUGGAAGCGCAACUAAAAUCGAAGAAGGUGGCUAUAAAAGAGUGUGCCUAAAAGAAGCCUGCCUUAGCCUCCAGGGUGUUCAAAGCACAUCCUAUCCAAGAGUUGAUCCAGUAGUAAUCAUGCAAGUUAUUCAUCCAGAUGGGACUAAAUGCCUUUUAGGCAGGCAGAAAAGAUUUCCCCCAGGCAUGUUUACUUGCCUUGCUGGAUUUAUUGAACCUGGGGAGACAAUAGAAGAUGCUGUCCGGAGAGAAGUAGAAGAGGAAAGUGGAGUCAAAGUUGGCCAUGUUCAGUAUGUCUCUUGUCAACCAUGGCCAAUGCCCUUCUCCUUAAUGAUUGGUUGCUUAGCUGUGGCAGUGUCUACAGAAAUUAAAGUUGACAAGAAUGAAAUAGAGGACGCCCGCUGGUUCACCAGAGAACAGGUUAUGGAUGUUCUGAUCAAAGGGAAGCAGCAGGCAUUCUUUGUGCCACCAAGCCGAACUAUUGCACAUCAAUUAAUCAAACACUGGAUUGGAAUGAGCCCCAAUCUCUAAAUGAAAUAACUGGACUCUUGAGUAUUAAGUGAUUUCUAAUACCACUUAUUUCUCAAGUGAAAUUAGAAUGUUUAGUGCUCGUUAGCAUGUCUCAACACAAAAUAUCAUAUUGGAUCUUUGAAAUACUUUCAAAGUAUACAUCUUAACCAUAGAAUUCAUAUUUUUAUUGAUUAUAGCAUUGCUUCAAAUUUUAUUAAAUCUGAGUAAGCCUUCUCUGAGCAUUUGUUUUGGUUGUGCUCCACAAUUUUAACUCACAAAGCCGUAUUUCUAAUAAGAGCAUCAUAUGGUAAAGACAUAUAUUUUUAAAGUGUCAACAUUACUAAAUUCCAGCAUCUCUUGUAAGCAUUAGACCAGUCACUCAAGUUCUUUUUUGAGAAAUGAGACAAAAUAAUUUUAAUGGGUUUUGAGCUAAAUUUUCAGUCCUUUUGUUGCCAUAGAUAUCCCUUCAGUUGUCGGUAAUUCCUUUUGGUCUUCCAUUUGUAAUCCACUUUUUUCUUCUGUUUCCAUUGGUCUAGCAGUGAUGCUGUAAUCGUGUUGCUACUAGUCCAUUUUAAUCAGUGUUAGAAUUAUCUGUCUUAACAACUUUAUUGGUGAUCAGAAUAUCAUUCCCUUAUGGAACAGAGCUUAAAUGAAAGCACACCAUUAUGUCCGGGACCUCUGCCUAAAACUCAAAUAUAACAUCUUAUUUCAACAAAUUCUAAGAUGCCUUUAAAAAAUAAGCUUAUCAUUGAAAAUUAGAAGAUUCUAGACAAAAUGAAGUAUAGUAGCUCACAAUUUUGUAAUAAGAUCAUUUUUAAGGCUGUUUAAAAAUUAUUUUAAAAGGUAGUCUCUAAAUGUAUAAAUUUAUUUUAGUGUGUUAGGACUGGGAGAGGCCAUAAGGUUAAUAUUUGUAGUUCAGUGCCCUUCUUUUAUAGAUAAGAAAGGGAAAUCCUAAAAGGUAAAUUUCAUUAAAGGUGAAUCAGUUAAUGAGCUAAUUGGCAAAAGUUACAUAAUUAUAGUUUACAAUUUAAUAGAGUUAAUUAUAAUUACAAUUAAAAACUUAAUUACUGUGUGAAAUAUUUUCCCUCUAAAAGGAAGCAGAAGAUAUUACUAAAAGUAUAUGUAUACUAUAACAAUGAAUUAAAAGAAGUGAUAAAUUAUCAAAUAUUGUUAAAUAUUAAGUUCAGACACUAAAAUUUAUUUAACUUAAAUAAGAUAAUUUUCUUAGAUAAAACUGUAUUUUACUAAAGAUUUUCUUAUUCAUGAAUGAUUUCUUGUGAAUGAAUGAUUUCUUGUGAAUGAAAGCUUAUUACUACCAGCCAGGACUUUAGACAAAGUUAAGACUUACACAGGACAUUUGGGUCCAUAAUAAAAUUUGAGCUUCUUGAGUAUAUAUAAAAUGAUGUGCCUUGAUUAUAUGAAGUAUAAUAAUUUCAGGUUCAGUUUUACUUCAAAUGUAUUUUUAAUGCUUAACAGAUUCAAGGAUUGUAUCAUAAAAUUUCAGUUUUUCAUAAAGUUGGGAUAUUAAAGUACAAUAUAAAGUAUCAACAAAAUUAAUUUAUAUUUAGUUUUGGUUAGUUAAUCCUGUACUCAGGGAAAAGCAAUAUCCAAGUAAAUUAUUGUUUUUGUUAGUCUUAAAUUGCUAGCCUCUGAGAGGUGAAAAGCUACAUGUAAAUAGAUGGAGUAGCCAAUUCAAGAAAUGAUAGUUUCAAGUGCCAUGAAGAUAUUCUAAUGAAAAUGACUAUAACAAUAUAUUAAAAUCUUUAUUUUCUGUUUUGUAUGUUAUGUAUUUCUUAAUGCUUUGAUAAAUUUCUUUCGAAAUAUGGGGAAAGCCAAAUUUCAUUCCCUAUUUAGAAUUAACGAUGCAUAAGUAAAAAGUAUAAAAAACCUUUUUAAAAGUUGCCAUAUUUGGGGCCUCUCUGAUGGUGCAGCAGGUUGAGUGCAGCGCUGCGAAGCUGUCCACAGCCUCUGCAGCUCCGGUUUGAUUCCCAACUGGCGAGGGAGAUUCCCACAUGGCAGGGCAGACCUCUCCUGUCUCACCCGCUGCUUCCCUCAGCAGUGUAUUUCAGUCUGCCUGUUCUGCUCCCUGCUCCGUCUCUGGUGAAUUCUCUCACCCUCCCGCACCUCUGGCCUGUACCCCAGUGCUUGUGUAAAUAAAUAAAUCUUAAAAAAAUGAAUAAAUAAAAGUUGCCAUAUUUGGGAGGCUUAAAUUUACAUUUAAAUAUGUAAAAUGUUAUUGUUUGGAAUCAUAUGUGUAUAUGUAUAUACACACAUGCAGACUUACAAAUACAUACAUAUGGUCAUUAUAUCUUCAGGUUUAUAGUUACAUGUCUCAUCUAAUGUCUUUUUAUUACUUGUCUGAUUUUAUCAAUCUUUGCUUCUUGAAUUUUCACUUGUUUAUUGUUCAUGGAAAGACUAGAAGAAUUAGAAGCUCACAUAUUUCACUUAGUUGGUAAAGUGAUUAAGUAAUUCUUUCAAAAGCCAACUUAAGGUUUUGUAUGAAAAUAGAAGAGAAUAGAACAACAGGGUGAGACCAUGAUAUGGAAGGACAAAGUAUUAAUUUGCUAAUGAGCCAAAUAAGGUCAAUUAAAUCUUACAUAACAGUGAAUAGCAGGUCCUCAAACUGUGUUGCUAAUGUGACUACACUAAAAUAUUAGGUGAAAAUUCAUUAAUUAUUUAGCAUAAGAAUUGCACAAUGCAAAUUUUAUUAGAGAUAAGAAUCAAUUACUAGUUUUUGUAUGUGUCACAUGGGAGUAGUGGUUGCUGAGUGAAAUUCAUGUGAAAUUUUAAGCUGCUCUUAAAAAGGGUAGUUUUCUUUAAUUGGAAAAUAUCUUGGGCAGAGUAAUCCAAAGUGCAAAAUUAAGAGUAUCUAUUUGCAAAUGUCAGAGAUCUAGGUCUCAAUGCAAACCAGAAGCACUUGCAAAGGAAUUAAGAACAAAGUGCAGAUAAAUUACAGAUAAAUUGGAUUUCAGUGCAGAUAGGUAAGGGUGUUCCAUAAGAGGCCAAAAGUGUGGAAGUGUUGACACCAAGGGACAGAUGAGCAUCAGAGACAGGUGGUGUAUUUUGAGGAGACAAGUUAAUGUUGCUGAGAGUCUGUAUAUUCAAAGUGAGCGUCACUGGUCAAGGAGAAUUGAUGAAAGAGAGGUCACUUGCGAAAAUAAACUCGUGAAAAUGAUGUGGUUGUCAUUGUUUAUUGUUUUAUGCUACACUCAGCCCUUUGUCUUACCAAGACACUCAAGGUAGAAAUUCAAAAGAGCUUCUGAAAAAGGGAAUGCAGUUUAUUAUCAAAUACAAUAGAUUUUCAAAUAAUUCAAUUUAUUUGACCAAAGUAGAAAUGUCAAAAGGAAAGUCAUUCUAGUAAUAAAAAUGUCAUGAGAAAAAAAAUGGCUAAUCAGAAUUCUUUUUGUUGUGUGGGAAAAU